UAUUUUUUUUUUUUUUUUCCCAAUGCACGCUGCUGCUGCUGCUGCUUCAGCACGCCUCGCACGUGGACUGGCAACGUCCUCGACAGCCGCUCUGCCGCGCCCAAUCGCGCUCGAUGCUGCGAACAACAGCACUGCUCCGACGAUCGCGAUGACGAGCGAGGCACAGGCACAGGCGCAGGCGCAGGCGCAGGCACAGGCGACGGGCGUCGAGCGGCGAUCCUUCUCAACGUCAACGUCCGCAGCCAAUGCAGGCCCAGCCAGCGCCGAGGCACCCCGCUCAGACGCAUCGUCAUCAUCGUCAUCAUCGUCAUCUGACACGAGCGCAAGUCACGCAGCAACACCAACUGCUGCUGCUGCUGCUGCUGCUGCUCCAGGAGGUCGAGAGCGAUCGUUCUACCCGUCCUCAUCCUCAUCCGUCGCGGCUGCUCCAGUCGUACGCCGGGGGAUCAGCGCCAAUCGCUCGCUCUCAGUGCUGCAGUACGCAAUGAACCGCGAUUCGCUCAACCAGAGGCGCAGGGCCAUCGCCGCCCCGCCGCCCAUCAUCACAGUCAAGCGCCGCAUGUUCCCUCCGACCUCCCACCCGCUGCUCACCUCAGCCCCUGCUGCUGCUGCUGCUGCUACUUCUACUGCUACUACUCCUUUUGCUACUGCUGCUGCAGUGCCGCCAUCGUCGUCACCACCCUUCAGCUCGGCGAAAGUGCUAAACAUUCGCUCGCCGUACUCGCCCAUGAACGUGACCCGUGUUUCUCAGCAAGACCCAAAGUUCCUGCAACAGGCGCGGCAUGUCACCGAGUAUCGUGCCAAGGUCGUGGAUGGCGUCCGCCGAGGAGAUUCAAGCCCUCGACCGGCAGGGAGAGACGUGGAGCUGGCCAAGUUGUUCGACAGCCACGGAUCGCGCGACACGGCCCUCUUGAUCUCCACACAAGCUCUGUACGGCCGCGACCAGCAGCGGCACUUUGACCCAAACCAGUUCUUCCAAGGCACAGGGCCGACAGACCCCGUCAACAAGGACAUCUACUGCCCGAGCCCGGACACCUUCAUUCCAAACACCAACUUUGGCGACUCGCCCAAGGACGUCGAAACAAUGCGCUUGGCCGCCAAAGCUGCGUUCGACCAGCUUGGGCUCACCGAGGAAGCCAUGGAAAACGAACAAGGCUUUGCGUAUGCAAACGACGCCUCGCACCUGACGGCCAACGAUGUGGCGCGCAUUGAGACGGCGAUUGGUUACAAGUUUAAAAACCCAGCGCUGCUCGCGACCGCGGUGCUGACGCCGAUGGCCGCGAAGGUGGACAUCGCCGACAUGCCAGAGGGGUACAAGGAUGAUAUUUGGCUCAGUGUACUGGGUGCCAGCUCCCACUGGUGGCCGGCGCGCUUCGUCACGCUGGCAGACACCACCUUCCUGACGUGGUGGGUGGGCUACGUCCAUGCGCUCUUCCCCAGCCUGAGCCCAAACUGCUUGCAUCGCCACAAAGAGUCCUUUGCGACGUUCCUUUCCACGUGCCUGAUGCACCGCAGCGACAUUGCCGUGGUCUUGCGCGACUUGGGCCGAAGGCGCAUUCUGCCCAGCAUGGCUGGCGAAAUCAGCCACUCACAGCUGCUUUCGAGCUUCUCGCCCAAGAACAGGGAGCGAUCAGACGAGGAUGCACACUCAACCCCGCCCGCCUUCUCUGUGAACGUCGCCGCCUUCACCAGCCCCGCACCCGGCGCAACAACAUACUCGACCCACAAUCCCAUCCUGACGAACGACCGGCAGGUGCUGCUUGGCAAUGCCCAUGGCUCUGAGCUGGUGAUGAGCGUCUUGGGUGCUGUCAUUGCCGACAAUGGCUCGCCCACACCGGCGCUCGAGCAUCUCUUCCGACUCAUCUUCCCGCAGCCGUCCUUGGAAUCGGCCCGCCAGCUGCUGGCCAAUCCGCCCAGCCGCAAUCGUCUCUUCUUCCUGCCGUCCUCUCGCAUGGGCGAGUCCAUCACCAUGGGCGGUGUCUUCCGCUACACGCGCGACAUUGCAGCCGGCCUGUGGCCUGCCGCGCACUACAUGACCCCGAGCAUGCUGGCGGCCUUCCUCAAGACGGGCGCGUACGACUCCGGUCGAAGCUUGUAUCGCACCACACCCGACCACCCCUGGUUUGAAAAGCUGCGUGAGGUGGAGGCGAUUCUCGGGGUUCGAUUCAACGAACCGGCGUGGCUGGCGAUGGCCUUGACGGCAGACAACUCACACCCCGCCAUUCUGCCCGUCUCCAAGACCUACCAAGGCCUGGAUUUUGUCGGCGACACUGUUCUCAAGUACUCGGUGCAAAAGUUCUUGAUGCAUUGGUCGCCAGCCGACGUCAAGCGUGUUUACGGCGUGGACAUGACCAAGACGACCGGGCGGUUCUUGACUGGACACCACAACCAGCCUGUGCCUGUCCUGUUCGAGUAUCUGCAGGGCAUUAUUAUCAACAAUCUCCAUCUCACCGAGGUGUUUGGCUCGCUUGGUCUGCACAAGUAUGUGAUUGGCUACCGAUUCCACCAAAAAGUAUUGGCGGACUUGCUCGAAGCGAUCAUUGGUGCCAUUUUUGUCGACCAAGGCCUCGAUGCGGUCCAGGACUUUGUGAUUCGCCACGUCAUUCUUCACCUGUGGCGGAAUAACUAUAUGCUGUAG